UUAUCAUUUUCCCCACCCCCACUUGGUCGCGACCUUCCUCAGUCCUAACCAAGAAGGAAACCUAAAACCAUCAUCAUCUUCCUCCUCCAUGAUCCACCGACAGUAGCCAGUAAGAGAUGUGCGAUGCCGGCGCUGUAUGGCGUUGCUUCACCCCAUUCAAAAUCCUAUUCAACUCUCUCCAAAUCCUAACCACAAACAAAUUCCUUUUCACAACCAUCUUCCUCCUCACAACCCUCCCUCUCUCCAUCCUCUCAAUCUACCAAUCCAUCUUCACCCACCAACUCACCUCCCAAAUCCGCCACCUUGAAGCCCUCGCUCACUUCGCUUCCACCCAUUUCGAAGCUCGUCACGUUUGGCACGAAUCUCGUGACAACGCUGUUUUCCUCAUCCGUAUCAAAGCCCUUUUCUCUUUCCCUGCUUAUGUUUUCUCCUGCUUUCAUCCUCUCUCAUCCCUACCCCCACCGUUAACUCCGCCGUCGCAUCCCUUAAACCCAACAUCAUGCGUGUUUUCGUAACGUCGAUCUUCGUAUACUUCACUCUCUUCGUUUUUUCAUCCUUGCCGUUCUUCCUCAACGCACUCACUGGAUCGCAUCUCCUUGUUCUCAUAUUCAGGUCGGGUCUCGAAGUUUACUUGAUGGCGGUGUUGAGCGUCGGAUUGGUGGUUUCCGUGGCGGAAGAGAGAUUCGGGUGGGAAGCAAUAAAAACCGGAUCCGAUUUGAUGGAGGGAAACCGGGUUUGUGGGUUUGUUCUUUCGGGUUUAUUUGUGUGGGUUUCGAGUUUGAUCAGGUGGAGGAUAGAGAAAUCUAUGGACGGUGAGGAUUCGUCGAUGGGUUUUGAAGAGAAAGUGUAUGUGAUAGUUUGUUAUGGAUUUGUGGUGCUUUUGAGUUACGUCAUAAUGACGGUUUAUUACAGUGAAUGUAGAAAACGGCAUCCAAUUAAGGAAUUUCAUCAAGUAGAUGAUGAAGAUCAAGAAACCCAACUCUCUGUAUUGUGAUAUUGUAAUAUUUUUUGUUUUUCUUUGUUUCUUUUUUUGGUUUGUUUAAGUUGUAGAUUUAAUUUUAAGUCAAUAGUAAAUUAAACACCUUCCUAGCUAGUUGCUUUUUUUGGUCACACUAACAAUGAGAAUGUGGGAUAACUAACA